AUGGAAAGCCACUUCGAGCGAGUGCUGUCUGCGGAGUCGGCCCCCAAGCGCCCCGCAGCGUCUUCCUCGCUUCCUGCCAGUGCAAAACGUGCUCGUGUGUCUCGUGAAGCUGAUGCCGCAAAGAUCAGUGCGAUCGUGGACGGUGCCGAGGCGCAGGAGGGUGAUGCACUUGACGCCCGCGCACUCAAGUCCAUGGCUAAUUCCCUUAAGAAACACGUGCGUCGCAAUGCGUUGGCGCGAGAAAAGCACGCAUACGAUCCAACCAAGUUCUUAGAGUCGGAAUUGGCACUCGACAGCGAGCUGACGCGCUGGAAGCAGGUGGCAGCUAAGCCGGAGCUCUUCGCUGUCAUGAUAGAACUGCAGGUGCCGCGUGUGCUGUUGGGACUAUUUGCACACGAGAACCUCGACAUCCGAUUGGCUGUAUUAAGUCUACUAGGCGAGCUCACAGACGUAGACGACGCUGCGACGUCCCUGGAGCCCGCGAGAUUGCUAACCAAACACUUGAUGGACGAGAAACUGCUCCCCUUGCUAGUAUCCAAUUUGUACCAAUUAGCAGCAGCAGUGGAAAACACACAAGCGGAAGAGGAGACGACGGGGAUUUAUAACUCCUUACAGAUUCUAGAAAACAUGGCCGAUCUAGAGCCCCAAGUGUGUGUCCAAGCGGCGGAGACCUCGAUCUUGCCUUUUCUUUUGCAACAAGUGUCGCCUGGGAGGAAAUUUAGUGAGAACAAGCUGUAUGCGAGUGAGAUUCUAUCUAUUCUACUGCAAUCUGGGGCGGAACCGAGAGAAGAGUUCGUGGCGUGGACAGGAAAAGACCGACCGAGUGAGGACAAGACAACGGAGAAGCAAGGGAAGGUGGAUCUCAUGGACGAUCUGCUCCAGGCUCUUGCGCCGUAUAGGAAGAAAGACCCUGACAGUGAAGAGGAAGAGGAACUGGUGGGAAACUUAGUGAAUGCGUUGUGUAGUGUGCUGCUCGUCCCCGAAGCUCAGACGCAGUUCCGUCGCUUGGAAGGCCUCGAGCUGCUGCUGCGCUUUAUGAAAGAUCGAAAGCGGUUCGUCUUCAGUGGCGCGCUGCGUGCUAUGGAUCAUGCUCUUAUGGCCAGUGCCCGUAACUGCGAACGUUUGAUUGAGAUUGGCGGUCUGCGUAGUGUGUUCUCAGUCUUUAUGGGACGCCAUGGCAAGUACAAGUCCAGUGGUAGUACAAAGGCGAGUCAGGCGAGUGAGAAGGCUAAGGAAGAAGAGAAUGCCGCCAGUUUAGUGGCAUCCAUGUGCGCGUGGGUGAGUGAGAAAGCUCCGGCGGAUGGAUACAGCCGCCUGCACGCUAAGUUUGUGGAAAACGACAUGGAGAAGGUGGAUCGAUUGGUGGAUUUGUUUGCGAAAUAUCAGGAACGAGUGGAGCGAAGCCAGAACGAAGAGGAGGAAGAGGAGGAUGACGACAGUCGAUAUCUACGACGUCUAGAUGCAGGUCUGUUUGUGCUGGAGAGAACUGCGUUUGUGGUGGCGCACUUGUGUCAGUUCUCAAAGAAAGUGCGAGCUUACGUGAUGGUCAAGUUCCACGAACGCAGUAUCGACAGUGAGAGUCUUGUGGCGGUUCUAAGAGAGCAAUUGGAUCUUCUGGUUGCCGACGAAGCAGUCGGGGAGGAGGAUGAACAAGGUCCCUCCAAGGAGGUGAAGACCGUCGUGAAUGAUGAACCCAAGAGAGCACAGAAGGCGCAACUUCGAGAGCUACUGGAAGCGCUUGAGGCCGACGAUACACCGGAUACGAACGGACAGGAAGGGGCUAAAGAGACGACCGAACGUGACGAAACAAAGGUGGAACGUGGCGAUGAGAAGGAAUUAGUGUCGUCAUAG